GAUAUUCGUUCAGAAUGAAGUUCCUUCUGCUUUUUCCUGUUUUGUUCUUGUGUACUGUCAACAGUCACCCCGGUCGCCACAAGGAAAAAAUGGAAAAAAUGAAAAAAAUUACAAAAGAAUGUUGUGCUGACAUUGUAGGAAAAGGAGGAGAAGAAAAUUUUCAAACGAGCUUUUUUACAUGUAUGGUGGAUAAGUCUCGAAUGGUCAAUGACACAAACUAUAAGAAAAUUGAAGAACAUACAGAAAAAUGUAAAGAAAUAUUAAAGAAUAAAACACAGGAAAUAAUAGCUACGGAUUGCAGUAACGAAGGAAUAAACGUAGCUGAAAAGAUGAAGAUAUGCUGGGAAGAAGCAAAGCGUAAAUGGGUAAGAAAAUAAUAUACAGUCAAAUCGCUUUAGCAGAAGAGUAUUGUUGCAGAGAGAUUUAUUUUUGCAGCGAGUGUUUUUAAAAAAUUAAAGCUGGCACAAGUUCUUGCUCUUCUUU